AGAUUUGAAGAUCCUUUGAUCAAAGAUCACCUCAUUGCGUUUCAUUGUUUUAAUCCAAUCGUAGUAAUCGCUGAAAUAAAAAUUGUUCGAACUUCAAAUUGCAUCAAAAUUUUAGUGAGAAUCCCACAUCAAAAAUUACAAGUGAAAAACAAUAAAAAUGGACUCCACCGUGCAGCCUCGAAUGUCCCUGCGCUUGCGCUACCGGCCCCAUCUUAUAACAGACCAGCAGCAGUUAGUCUCACUACUUCCGACGCCAAAAACUCCAAAUAUAACCACCGUCAAUGAAUCGAGACUACCCCUGCCGGCGAACGCCUCAAUCACGGCCAGCGCUCUCGCAACGGUAGACAGAACCGGAUGGAACAGUCGUGUGGACCAUGCUCUCAAUGAAAUCAUUCGCGGUCACCACGGCUACAAGCCGGAUCAAUCCGUCUACGGCGAUAUCAACCGGAUGUUCGAUGCAACACUGUGCACCCUGAUCCUGAUCGCGUCCGGGGACCUCAACAUAUCGUCGGAGCAUCUGCUGUGGAGCGAAGCGUUCCUGCACGGAAUUCGAGACCGGUACGGGAAACAUCCGCCGAACGUGCGGAAACUGUUAGGGUUUAUCAAGCACAUCCAAGGAAUGGUGGCUGCUGGCAAAAAUGGCUCCAUGGCAGAGCGUUGUGGAUUAUUUGCAAGGACAUAUCAGGACGCACUUCCGGAUAAUGUGACGUUGACCAGAAUCAAGUCCCCAACGGGAAAUGCCACUGUUUAAGCGAUUUAACAAAAAGAAGAGCCUUCAGACGUAUCAGGAAAUAUCUUUUAAUUAUGUUUAAAUGAACAAUACACACAAAUAUAUUUCUUAACUACGUUAAACAUUCAA